CCUGGGUUUGGGGUCCGGGCCGCGCGGACGGCGAGGCGGGAAGCGCGCUGUGUGCCGGGCUUGUGCGUGUCCCGCGCGGGCGCCCGGCGUCCCCGGGUGCUCCCCGCGCGGCGACGGCCGUCCCUCCGCUCCGUCUCCCGGCUGCGGCCGGGGGUUGCUCCCUCAGGGGCUGCGUGUGCGGGCUGGACCCUGGAGGGCGCUGCGCGUCGAGCUCGGGAGUCCGAGCGACGGGAGUCGGGGCGCCUUCAGCCGCUGCUACAAGCUCACGGACAUGUCCACCAGCGCCGUGUUCGCCCUCAAGGUGGUGCCGAGGGCCGGGGCCGGGCGGCUGCGCCUGCGCGGGAAGGUGGAGCGCGAGAUCGCCCUGCAUAGCCGCCUGCGCCACCGCAACAUCGUGGCCUUUCACGCCCACUUCGCCGACCGCGACCACGUGUACAUGGUGCUGGAGUACUGUAGCCGCCAGUCCUUGGCUCACGUGCUGAAGGCGCGCCGGACCCUGACGGAGCCCGAGGUGCGCUACUACUUCCGGGGCCUGGUCAGCGGCCUGCGCUACCUGCACCAUCAACGCAUCGUGCACAGAGACCUGAAGCCCAGUAACUUCUUCCUUACCAAGAACAUGGAGGUGAAGAUAGGAGACAUGGGGCUGGCCGCCCGCGUGGGGCCCGCCGGCCACUGCCACAGGGUGCUCUGCGGGACUCCCAGCUUCCAGGCUCCUGAGGUGGUGUCCCGACGAGGACACUCCUGCAAGUCCGACAUCUGGGCUCUGGGGUGCAUCCUGUACAUGGUUCUGACCGGCACGCCGCCCUUUGCCACUGCGGCACCAUUGUCAGAGAUGUACCAGAACAUCCGAAACGGCCACUACCCGGAGCCCACCCAGCUGUCGCCCAGCGCCCGCAGCCUCAUUGCCAGGCUCCUGGCACCCGACCCCUCUGAGCGGCCCAGCCUGGACCACUUGCUCCAGGAUGACUUCUUCACCCAGGGCUUCACUCCCGAGCGCCUGCCUCCCCACUCCUGCCACAGCCCUCCCGUCUUCGCCUUCCCCCCGCCGCUCGGCAGGCUGUUCCGGAAGGUGGGCCAGCUCCUGCUAACCCAGUGCCGGCCGCCUUGUCCCUUUACCUCAAAAGAAGCCUCGGGGCCUGGAGAAGAGGGAGUGGAACCUGAACACAUGGAGUCCAGCAAUGAGGAAGGGGGUCCUCUCCGCCCUGGGAGCCAAAUCCACCUCCUCACUCUCAGGACCUUGCGGACUGACCUGGCAGACCCAAAGGGGAGCCUGGCACUGCAGCUGGAGGAGGCAGUCAGAAAACUGAACCUCUGCUUGGACGCAGGACCUGUGGCUGCAGAGGACGGGCCAGGGGAGCACCAGCCCGUGCUCUGGGCUCCCAAGUGGGUGGACUACUCCCUCAAGUAUGGUCUCGGCUACCAGCUGUCAGAUGGGGGCAGUGGCGUGCUGUUUCGGGAUGGCUCCCACAUGGCCCUGCGUUCCCCAGGAGGCCAUGUCUUCUACCAGCCCAACCAAGGGACCCUGUGGACCUUCACCCUGAGGGACAUCCCAGGCCCACUCCGUGCCAAGCUGGCCGUCCUGAGGCUCUUUGCCUGCUACAUGCAGCGGCGUCUGCGGGAGGAGGGCACUGUGGCCAUGUCUGCCCUGCCCGCCUCUCCUGACUUCUCUCUGCUGAGCUUCAUAGCUGACUCCCAGGCUCUGGUCAUGCUGUUCAGCAACGGGACAGUGCAGGUCAGCUUCAAAGCAUCCCAAAGCCAGCUGGUGCUGAGUGGGGCUGGCGAGGACUUCCUGCUCACCCUCUGGGAGCCGGGCGGCUCGGGCACCGGCACCUCCUACUCGCUGGACGUCCUUCGGAGUCACGGCUGCAGCCUCCUGGUCCACCAGCACCUGCGCCACGGGCUGCGCCUGCUGCAGAGUAUCUCAUGAGCCGGAGGGUCUGAGCCGACCUCUGCAUGCCGGAGCUGGAGGCCGGGCUCUGCUCUGUCCGUGCCUCCGCACCGCGGCUCGUCUAUGGAGGGUGGGCGCGUUGGGCCGCUGAUGGUGGGGCCUUCCUUAAUGGUGUGACUAUUCAAGCUAGAAUCUCGCUGGAUUUUCAUUAAAGAGGACACGACCCCGAAGA